UUACCAUGGUUGAUGCAAUUUUCAAUGGCCUCUUGGUUGGUUCAUCUGGAUAUGCUCUUAGUUUGGUUGCUCCCGCAAAACAUCCCUUCCUUUUCACCGCCUGUGCAGUGGGAUUGUAUCAUGGCGUUUUCGGUCUAUAUGCCAACAUCAUCGAAGGGCGUAGUAACAGUCAAAAAUCUUUAGAUCCACCAUCGGCCGAAGACAGUUUCAUGCGUAAAGCUCAACAUAUAACACAAUGCUGUGUGGAUAUAAUGACGGUGCCGCUGAUAAAUAUCGAUCUCUAUAUGUUAUCUGAACAGUCCUCUUCCCUGGCAUUGGGACAUGCAUUAUUUGUGGUGCCCUUGGUUUUCGAUUUAACUUUCAAGAUAUUCGAUAAUGAAGAUGGCGAAGAUAGUGCCACGGAGACGCUUAAAGAACUAUCGAUUUUGGGCAAUGUGGUCUCAUUGGUAUUUUUAUCGGUCAAUGAAAAUAAUCUCAUCUAUGGAUUAAUGGCAAUGUCUGCUCUACUGGCACAAUUUGGUUCUAACGUUAUGGAGAAUAUGCUACGCGGAUCGGGCGCAAAUAUUGCAUUGAUGGGUUAUUCAUUGUUGUUAUCAUUAAUUCCUGAAGCAAUUGCAAAAUCGUGA